UUGGGGGAUUGGGGGGAGUAUAAAGAUAAAUUAUCUUCAACCCCGGGUAGUGAUAAACCAGUGUUUGUUGCUAGUAUUGAGAAAGAGGAGAGUUGGGGGGUAGGUAUUGUUAGGAGUUCUCAAAAGUUGAAUGUAGCUUUGUCUAAGGAUCACAGUAAUCCUUCAGAUAAACCGAGUAGUAGUGUGAGAGGCUGUAGCCCAGUAACCAAGGCAAUUGUUGCUGACAACAAUGAUGGUCAGCUGAGUUGCCAUGGGAAAAAGACUGAGCUUGCAGUUUUGAUCCCCAUGGAGCUGGACUCCAACUGUGAGGAAAAGGGAGAUGAGUCAAACUUGGUUGAUAUUCCUGUAGGUGAUCCUCUUAUUCAAGAAUCAGUCAUUGGUAGGAAAAAGAAGUCUUUUGUGAGAGUUACUAGAAAGGUGGAGGCAGAUUCUAAACUUAAUUUGAGUACUGGAAAACUAGGCUUAAAUUUGGACAAUAAGGAAGGAGUAGGGCAUCCAAAUUCUGAUGUCAGUGCUAUCUGCUCACACAUUGAAGACACCAUUCUGUUAGGCAAGGCUUUUAAAAAUGAGGAGGAGAUUGAUAUAUGGCAGAUACCUAAAGAGCAGAACAAGAUCAAAGAGGAAAGACUAUUGUUGUUGGUGAGAGAAUGA